GUACCCACUUUCCUGUACACAGUGUAGUAAUCAGGAGGCUAGGGGAUGGACUCGGGGUUUGCUCUCAGCCCUGCAGGUCAGCAGGAGCAAGAAGGGGCCUAAAAGAGCAGCAUGUCUGCGGACCCCACCAGGCCCUGAGCAUCAGCACUCCAUCGGUGCUAAGUUGGAGACACCUGGCACUCACAGGGGCCUGCUUGCCAGCAGCUUCUUGGGGGAGAUACCUGGGCUCAGGGGAAAGAAGGGUCUGCUGUGGGAGGGGUACAGUAGGAAAGGCAUGCGGGGUGGUUUGCUGGCCAGAGAGGGCAGAGGGGCUGACGGGCCGCGGGCCUGGCUUGAGUGGGGGGUGAGGGAUUGGAGAGAAAGGCAGUUCCUGAUGGUCCCCUCCCAGGGGCUGGCUUUCCUCUGGUUCUUCUCUCCCAAUGACUGCGUCUUCAUCAAGGCCGCAGCCCUGGGCUCUGCCAGCACCUCCAACUCCAGGCUGCCUGGGGACACAUCGAUGGCCUUCCUGUGGACCGUGGGGCCCUCCCCACCACUCCCACCUACAAGGCUGGUCUCCGCCCGCCUGGGCCAGCUAAGAGGGCAGGUCCUGCAGCUGAACUGGAGAAACCCCUCUUCUCCGGCUGUGUCUGGUGACAGUGGCCAGGACUACUUCUACCAGUGGCUCUGCCCAGGAGCUGGGUGCACAGCCCAGGAGCAGCUGGGUGCACAGCCCAGGAGCAGCUGGGUGCACAGCCCAGGAGCUGGGUGCACAGCCCAGGAGCUGACUUUUGCGUGUAUUGUUGGUCCGGGAGCCCCAUCCACAGCAGCUGGCAGGAGGAACAUGGACCUCCUGAGACCCAGAGUGAUGUCAGUUCCUUGCACUGCCUCUGGCUAACUGCCGGACGGUCUCAUUUGCUGUGUCCAGUCUGCUUGUGAAUUUGCCACUUCUCUGUGCCACACAUACACACACACACACACACACACACAUACAUACACACACACACACACACACACACACACACACACACACACACACACACACAUCUGCUGGCUCUAUAGUUCCUGUAGCAUCAUUUCUCAGAGAACUUUACAAAAGUUCUUUUUGUACUCUGUGAACCCUGGUUUGUUCUCUUGUUACUUUUUCUACCCUACUUCUGUUUUCAUGACUGCUUUUGUUUUCCUAGAAUCAGCAUGGCCAGUUUGUGAUAUGCAUAUCAAUCUUUCUUGAUAGCCAAAGCCACUGAAUUUCAGGGUCCCCGGCCCCAGAACAAGACUCUGUCUCUGUUUCAUGGAAUGCUAGGUACACACAAUUUCUCAGAGACCACCCCUUUUAAUUAAAAAAACAUUAUGUGUAUGAAUGUUUUGCCUGCAUGUUCAUGUAUGCUCCAUGUGUGUGCCUA